AUUCAAAUUACUAUAGACUUUUUAAGUUGAGCCAAGUCCUUCAUUGAAUUGUUACCCUUCUGUUGUUAUUUUUUCCUUAUUUAAAGAAGAUGGUAAAAGUUAAAACAAUGGUAGCACUAGGGAAGCACAUAUAUGAUUUGCCAGAUGAUUGCGUCAGUACCGUAGUCUCUCUAACUUCACCACCUGAUACACUAAAACUAUCACUGGUUUCUUCAAUUUUCCGAUCAGCGGCAGAGUUGGAUUGUGUUUGGGAUGCGUUCUUGCCUUCAGAUUGGCAAGAUAUUGCUACAAAAUCAGUCACCCCUUUGAAGUUUUCUUCGAAAAAAGAGCUCUUUUCCUGCCUCUGCAAUUCCAUUCUAAUAGACGGUGGCAACAAGAGCUUUGCUUUAGAUAAAUCAACCGGGAAAAAGUCCUAUGUAAUUGCAGCAAAAGAGCUCUCUAUUUUAUAUGGAGAUGAAGCUGCUCAUUGGAACUGGAAAACUGUCCCAGAAUCAAGGUUUGCAGAGGUAGCUGAACUGAAAAGAAUAAGCAGAUUAGAAAUACAGGGGAAGAUGAAAACAGGGGAGCUCUCUCCAAACACAACAUACGGUGCUUAUAUACUGAUGAAAAUUUCAAAUCGAUCAUUCGGUUUGGAUUCUAUUCCUUCAGAGAUUAGUAUUUCAGUAGGGGAUCAAGAAUCCAUCAGCAGUACCGCGUAUUUACGCCAUUCAAGGAACAAGAAGAAGGAGCAGCUGGAGACUCUGUUUUACAGAAACAGAGUGGAGACAUUGAAAGCAAGAGUGAAUAAAGGGGAGGAAAGAAUGCCUAUUGAAAGAAAGGAUGGAUGGUUGGAAAUAGAGCUUGGAGAGUUCUACAAUGGUGGGAAUGGUGAUGAAGAGAUCCUAAUGAAGUUGAUGGAGGUGAAGGGUUAUCACGUUAAAGGUGGACUUGUUAUUGAAGGCAUUGAGUUAAGGCCUAAACACUAAGACAAGAUUGAGACAAAGAGGUAGCUGCUCAUUGUAAGCACCUCUCACUUACCAUUCAAAGAUGGUGAGUUUGAGUUAUCAAAGGAGUAAAAGAAUAGUUCUUUUUUGUUGUUGUUGUUGGAAAAAAGUUUAGGAUGGGAUGACCUUAUUUCUUUUCUAUUUUGUUCAUUUUUUUUAUAAUUAAUUUUUAUCAUUUCACUUGUAACGAAGCUUUAAGAAAGUAAAUAUAAUAAGAUUUUUAAAUGUUGUGAGAUA